AUGUGGUGUGGAGUUUAAAACAGUCUACGAAAAUGGCAGAUUUUGAGGCAUUGGUUUUACUUCUUACUGUGUACUUUAACUAUUUCUUCGAUGACACAAUGUAAUACAGGAAAGCAAUCCGACCAAAAAGAAGAAUCCGACGAUGGUCAAGAUGAAAGAAAGGUAUUGUGCGUGAUUCAUUUUCUCUUGCUCUACAAAGAUUUUACAGAUAAAUCGGAAAAAUGAGAAAAGCGGUGGGAUUUUUUCUUCAACUCUUUGUUUUAUGAAAAGCUCGAAAAACCAAUAUAUAGCUUGAGAAAAAAAUAUCACAUUUAAUCAGAGUAGCAACCUAAAUCUUUUAUUUUCACACAUUCUUCCGCUAACUUUCAUCGAGAGCCUGAAGCUGUAGUCAGAAGUUUCCUGAAGAAUUUUAUAGUCGGUGCAAAUUUUGAAUGUCAAGUAGAACGACGUCAUUCGUUUAAUAUAGCUGACACACGGCUAGCUUGAGCCAUCGAAUACCGGGUCCUGACAUGAUAAAAGUAGAGAUAGUGCCUGGUUGGUGGAAAGCGCAGACAAGCCACGCCUCUCAGCGCCCCAAGUUAGCCGUGAAUUGCCUAUACAGUGAUACUGUUCAGAUUUCAAAUGUCAAGUCCUCGCUGAAGCUCCGCCCUCUAAUGGCGUGAUAAACCAAUCAGAGAGCGAGCUAUCCACAGAGCGUUUUCGAAUGACGUCAUUUUACUUGACAUUCAAAAUCUGAACAGACUAAAUAGUUUUUUCACAUUUUUAUCAUGGAGCGCAAUGACCUCAUUCAAAAAUCCUCUCUGGAAUGCUCGCUCAAUGAUUGGCUUUUCUCGCCAUUAGGGGUGGAGCUUGAGGGAUGACUUGACAAUAAAUAUCUGAACGGAUAAUAUAUAACUGCACGAUUUCGUCAGAGCAAAAUCUUCUAACACUCUAGUGUGAGAGCUUUCUUCCUGAAACUCAGAGGUAGAGCCGAAAUUUAGAUAUUUCGUAGAUGUACGUUCUUAUGAGCACUCUUUGACACACGUGCGAAGCAAGUGGGGAAGUAAUGCGAAGUUGACACGGACGAAGAACGCGCACACACUUGUCGCCAAGGUUUGAAACCUUGAAUCUCGAAAAAAUUGGCGAUUGCAGGAACGAAAAAGAAGCUCCGACGACAUGUUUGUCCCAUCCGAGUAUAUGCGCUGA